AUGAGACAUGAGAGAAAUAGGAGUGAGAAUAGUAAUGUAAUAAAGAUAAAAUAGAGAAAGAGUGAAGAAGUUUAAGUGUUUAACUAGAUUAAUUAAUCAGAUAGAAUGAAUUCGAAUAAUUCCUAAUUGAAACAAUCUAUAAAUAUGUCAGAGAGAAGCAGUUAUUUAGGAUUAGAAAAUCGAUUAUUAGGAUAAGAUAGUAUAUCAGAUAGAGAAUAAUUAUAGAAUAGAGUUUCUUAAGAGGGAUUUCAAAAUAAUUUGGAGGAUGAAUAACCAAUUCCUCUAAUUUAAUUAAUUGAACAUGAACUAAGAGAUCGAUGUAAAGUUGAUACAACAAAACAAAUGAAGUGUUAAGGUGAUCUAAAUGAAUUUUAAACAAAAACAGAAAUUGAGAGAAUUGAUUAUGAUGUAGAUUAGGACAUAAUUCGUAAACAUACAAAACAUUUGUAAAGAGACUAUAGAAUUGAUCCAUACUAUAUAAAGUUAGUAGAGUUACAUGGAUACCAAAGAAUUAAACAUGAAUUGGAAGUAGUCCUCUUUAUUUACAUAUAUAUAGCAUUACAACGAUGCAUAUCCUUUGCUCACAUUGAGAAAGACAAUAGUGUACUUAUCAUUUAUGAUUCCGAUAUUGGCUAAGACAAUCGUAAACUCAAUAUGGUUUGAACUAUCGAUGACAGUUCUUAUUCUUUUUAAUAUUGUUUUGUACAUUAUAGUUAAGACUGAACAUAGAGAAGACACAGAUUAAAUAGAAUAAAUAAUAACAAUCCUCUUUUUUACAGAAAUUGGAUUAAGAAUAAUAUCUCAAGGAUUUUUGUUCUCUAAAAAUGCCUACUUUGUUAAUUUUUCAAAUCUUUUUGAUUUUUCAAUAGUUCUCUUAUCAGCACUUAAUUUAUAUCGUCCUGAUAUAGUAAUAAUAGAUUUAUCACCAUUAAGAAUUAUAACUCUUCUAUAAUAUCUUGGAGAUAUCUUUGAUGGAUUGAGAGUAAUGCUUACAGCUUUAAGGUAAUCAAUCAAAUACAUUUUGGAGGCCUUGGCUAUAGUGGGAUUAUUUUCCCUUUUCUUUGCCUUGGCUGGACUCUAUUUAUUUUAAGGUCUAUUUAAUUAUAGAUGUUUACCUCUUAAUGAAGACCCUGGGGAUAGUUGGAUUUAAUGUAAUGUGGAUUAAUGUCCAGAAUAAAUGAUCUGUUCUUAUGUUCCAUAUACUGUCAAAGUUCCUACUUCUUUUAAUAAUAUUAUCUAUUCAUAUGGAUAGAUAUUGAGAACUAUUACUAUGGAUGAUUGGAGUUGGGUUAUGUUUUAUACUAUACGUAUCUUUAGUCCUUGGGUUUGGAUCUAUUAUCUAUUAAUUAUCUUUGUAGGAGGUUUCUUUGGCUUCAAUUUAGUUAUUGCUGUUCUCAAAACUCAUUAUGCUGAAGCUGCUGAAGAAUUCUCUCAUUAAUAAGAAUAAUUAGAAAUUAAUCAAUAACUUUUAGAAUCGUUAAAUUAUAAUCAAAAUUAAAUUAGAGAUACAACCAAUAUUUUUGAUCUUGCACUCCUUAAAGACAUAGGAUUUUAUUCAGCUUUUUAAUAAUAUUACAAAUUAUUAAGUUCCAAUAAACAUAUUUCUUCCUACAGAUUAUAAGAUUCCCAAAAUAAAAAUUCCACUUAACCCCGUCUACUCUCUGCAAAGCAACGAAAUAAUAAUGAUACUAAUGUAAAUUCAUCUUCUUUAUUUCUUCUAGAUGAAUUUCAUCCAUUAACUUAUUUUGUUCUUAAGAAGACUUACACUUAAAAAUAUACUCUUAACCAAGUUCUCCAAGCUUACCAAACAAUAAGAACUUAUCAAUCUCAAAAAUUACACUGAAAAUGAAGAUUAUCUAAAAAUCUUAGAAGACCUAAUGAAAUUCGACUUCGCCUAACUCUCUAAGUAACUCAACCCUAAUCAAUAUUAAAAAUACUCCAGUCUUGAAGAUGUUAUACCUUCCUUUACGUAUUAUUUUUCUUUUAUAUAGUAAUACUCUAAAUCUUAAGGAACACUUUGACGAUAAAGUUAUUGACUUCAAUAAAUAUACAUACUCUUUCUAAUAUGCAAUACCCUUAUCAAAUUCAUUCCAUGAUCAAAUCUUUAAAUCUAACAAUAUAUCCAGUAGUUUCAAAUAUCCUAUAAAAAAAUCAUUUCGAGCUUAAAAACGCAUCGUCUAAGAAAUUUGUUCUCAAAAUUCAACCACUAGAAAACCAUGUAUUAGAAUGGAAAAAAAAAAAUAUCAGGGUAUUACAAAAAAAAAGGAUAAACCUAAAAAUACAAAUUCAUUUGUUUAAAAAAAAGGAGAUGUUAUUAUUUCUUUAUUUAUAUAAGGGUAAUAUUAAAAUUAUGAUGAGAUCCUAUUUAAAUUAAAAUAAAAAAUAUAAAAAGAGAAAGUUAAAUAUUAUUGUCCAGAAUAAGAGUACAAAAAUAUAAGAAUUAAAGAUAUGAAAAAUAAAUUAAUAUCUGAUUUAAAUUGGUCUGGAAAUGAUGUAAUUGAAUCAAAAUAUUCAAGUAUCAAUUUCAGAAGUUUAUUGAUAUCUAUGAACAAAGUUGAUUUAGUUAUAUGGGUAAGAGGAAUUUUUGGAAAAAUUUUGAUUAUAAGAAAAUAUGUAAGUAGAAUGGUUUGUAGUAAAAUAACGGAGAUAGCUUUGGAUCUGUUAAUUUUAAUAAACUUCACAUUUUUAUCGUUAUAUGGAAUAGUAGAUUCUUCAAUAAUAUCGUAAGUUGAAGAUGUUACUACAAUUAUACUUUCAAUGGAAACAUUUAUAAGAUAUUGCAGUAUUUCAUUAAAAGAAUUAUCGAAUAAUAAUGAAAGCAUUUUGUAAACAAUGAUAGUUAUAUUAAAUUUGAUAGAAUUCACAAUGAGUGAUUAUAUGAAUUAUCUAACAGAAUAAAACUUAAGGUUGAUAAGGGGAACAAAAUGUAUUUUAUUUUAUCGAUGUUUAAAAUACAAUAGUAUGGCAGUAACAAUAGGGCACAUAGCAUCAACAACAUUUAAACAAUAUAUAUAUUUAACAUUUUUGAUGUUCAUAGUAAUAUUCUUAUAUGCUUUAGUUGGAAUGGAAGUGUAUGCAGGCAGAUUUGAUUAGAAUGAUGUUUUAGGAUAAUUACAUUCUUAUAAUAAUGUAUUGAAAUCAUUUAUGACUGUAUUUAAUAUAAUGACAAAUGAUGAUUGGUAUGGAGUAUUUGUAUUGGGAACAGACAUAAAUGAAACAUUUGCUGUAGUAUAUUCUUAUUCAAUGGUGAUUAUUUUAAAUUAUUUAACAUAUGGAUUAGUUUUAGCCAUUCUUUUAGAUGGAUUUGGUAAAUAUUUGGAUAGACAAAUCUUUUCUGAAAUAGAGGAGAAUGAGGUUUCUAAGAUAAUAACUUAAAAUACAGAUUAACUUGAAACUUAACAUACAUAAUAAUUAUCAGAAAUAAAUAAUUUGAAAUCACUUCCAAAUAUUUAAUUAUAAAAAAGCAAUACUAAAUAAAAGAUAGCUUUAAUAUAACAUUUAAUAAAUUCAAUUAGAUAAAUUUAUCAAAAAAUCCAAGAUGAAAAACCAGAUCUUUAUAAUGGUGUAAGUUGUGAAUAAUCUUUAUUCUUUUUUGAUAAGACAAAUCAUCUGAGAAAAUUAUGUAUGUUAUUAGCUAGAUCCAGAUUCUAUAUUUUAAUAAAUGAUUUAUCCUUGGUAUCUUCAAUAGUUAUUUUUAUUAUACAAACUUAUAAUGAUUAUGAGCAAGAUAAAGAAACAUAUCCUUAAGUGGCUCAAUUUUACAUUAAUCUCAUAUUAGCUACCGAUUAUGCAAUUAAUGUUAUUGCUAAAGGAUUAUUUAUAGAUAAUGGAGCCUAUUUUAAUUCUGUUUGGCAGAUUUUAGAUGUUAUAUAUAUAACUACAUUCUUUAUCCAAUAUGAUACAAAAGACUAUGUAAAACCAAUAUUUGAGAUCCUACUAUAUACAGGAUAUUUUAGGCCUUUUAAUUUAUUAAAUAGAAUCACACUUUUAAAUGUAUUAAGUUCAGCUCUUUAUAAAUCAUUAGUUGAUAUUUUAAAUGUAUUAUUAACUCUUUUUUCAGUUUGGAUAAUCUUUGGAGUUUAUGGUAUCAUUCUAUAUGAAAGACAAUUUGGAUUUUGUGAAGAUAAAAUGUAAUUUCGUGUUAGUUAUUAAGAAUGUAUUGAAUAGAAUAGAACUUGGGUUAAUUUUAAACAUAAUUUUGAUAAUAUUACUAUGGCUAUUCCUACACUAUUUACUGUUUCUACAUUCGAUGGAUGGGGAGAAAUGUUAUAAAUUGCUUAAAAUAGUGAUUACUAAAAUAUUGGUCCACUUCCAUUUAAUAGUUAUAUACAUACUUAUGUGUUUUUUAUUUCAUUUUGCUUUGUUGGUUCUAUGUUUUUUUUAAGUUUAUUUACAGGAGUAUUAUUUUCCAAUUUAAAACUAAAUUAAAGAAAGAUUGAAAAAAAAGAUUUCAAUCAAAAUUAAAAAGAAUUUAUAGAAAUUGCAGAUAUUAUAACUAAAGAUAUACCUGUGUUUUCUACACCACCAGAUAAUGUAAUCCGACGGUUUGCUUCAAUUAUUAUGAAUGAUAAUAUUAUGUAGACUAUCUUCUUUAUUAUUUUACUUCUUGAUGUAGUUAAUAACAUUUUAUUUCACUCAGAAAUGACUACAAGUUAUUUAGUUAUAAUAAACUACAUUCAUCAUGGUUUUUCAAUUGUCAUAAUCAUUUGGGGUUUAAUUCAAUAUUUGGCUUUAGGAUUAUUAAGAUUUUUCGAUAAUUAUUGGAGAUAAUUCCUUUUUAUUUUAAUUUUUUUUGCAAUAGUAGAUCUUGUAGCUGAUUUGGAAUAUGGAUGGGUUGAAAUAUAUUUUAAAUCUAGUCCUUUAACAGCUUAUUUUAGGUUAUAUAGGAUAUGUUUUGUUUUAAGAAGCUUGAGAUUGAUUCUAAUUUUUUAAGGAUUGAUAAAUAUAUAGAGAUUAAUGAGAGUAAUGGUUUAUGCACUUCCAUUUUUAGCAAAAAUAUUCUUUAUUUUAAUAGACACAAUGCUUGUUUUUGCUUUAUUUGGUUGUUAAUUAUAUGGUCAAUUAGAUUCAGGAUAAGUGAUGGAUGAAUAAAUAAAUUUUCAUAACAUUGCAUAAGCUAUGCUUACUUUAUUUAAAUGUGCUUCUGGGGAUGAUUGGAGAACAAUAAUGACUGAUACAAUGCAUCAUAAUCCUAAUUGUUCAAAUGAUCCAUAAUAUUGUGGAUCAACAUAUAGUUAGAUUUAUUUCUUUCUUUUUAUGUUAUUAUCAAAUUAUGUGUUUUUAAAUUUAUUUGUUUUAGGAUUGAUUGAAUAAUUUGAAUCCUUUUUUUAAGUUUAGAAUUCAAUAAUAUAAACAUAUGUAGAAAAUGAAGAUAGAAUUAAAACUAUAUGGUGUAAGUACUCUCCUGAGACAUAAGGAAAGGCAAUGCAUUAUAAAUUUUUAUGUAGAUUUCUUAUGGAUUUGGGUGCUCCUUUAGGUAGAGGUAAAGAAGAGAAUUUAUGGGAUGCUGCAAAAUAAGCAAGUGCUUUUAAAUUGAAAUGGUAUUUCUUGAUUAUUAUUUUAGUGAUCAUCGAGGUUAUAUAUAAUAUAAUUAAUUGAUUUAUGAAUUAUUUAGAACAUGUUUUUAAGAGGAUGUUUUUAAAACAGGGAGUAAGAAUGGUAUAAAAUAAAUAAAACAAUACAAUAAAGAGAUGCAAAUGAAGUUUAUGAAUUAUAGAAGAAAUCUUUUUAUAAAGAGAUCAAAUAUUUGUUUAGUUGAUUUGAGAACAAACUUUAAUAUUUUACAUGAUUAUUUAAAUGUACUAAUUGCGUUUAAAGCUUGGGAAUCUCAUUCAAAAAAACUUAUUAAACGAGUCAAUUGUAAGAAUAGAGAGUAUUCAGAAAAUAUGGAAUCUUCAAAAGAAUAAUAAGAUGAUUAAGUGUAAUGAUUAUUAAUCUAUUUUAGGUUGCAAUAGUGUUAAAACACUAUCAUUAAUGAUAUUAAUCAAGUGAGAAAUUCAAUAUAGAUUAAUGACACAGAUAGAUUUUAACCUAUGAUUACUGAUGAAAAUUAAACUAAACAUCUUCUUACUAGUUUGAGUUAAGAAUCUAUGUAGGCACCAUAAUUACCAUGUUAUAAUCAUUAAAAGCCAUAAUAUUCUAAAAAUCUAUUUAUUUAUUAACCAAAAAGAAGUUGA